AAAAGCAAUGGAUAACGUGAAAGAUCUGGAAAUGGAUAGCAAUAUUGCAACGGAUGAAUUGAUGGAUAUAGUAACAAGUACAGCAGGGGAUAUCAUAACUGAAACUAAUUCUUCUUCUCCUUCUAUAUCCGCUAUAACUAAUGACGACGAAAUAAUAAGCAGAGAUGAUGGUACCGAAUUUGAAAUAAGUUACAAAUUAAUUAUCAAAACUGUGGAAGGAACUUCAUUGCCGAGCAAAUGGUUUAAAGAAUCGGUAUCAACUAUAGAUGGAUUUCUUUUAUCAAUUCAUAAUAAAACUAUUAUGUUGAUAAAAGAUAAUACUCUCUUGCCGACUGAUUAUAGUGUAGCGUUUAAAACACAGAAGAAAGCUGGCGCUGGUACCCAAUUAACUGAUACACAAGAUUUUAUAAAAUUUAAGGCUGAAUAUUUAAAAAUCUACAAACAAUUACAAAAACAGCAAUAG